CAGUUCAAAUUUGAUAACAGUUUGAAAAAGCGCGCCGAGCGGUGCCGGCUCCCGAGCGGAAGAAUGAGAAACUAAGAUCCAGGCAGUUUCGCAAUCUCCAAACGCUUCUGCAGCUCCCGAAUCUCCGAGUGUGAGUGAGUGUCGCAAAGGUGCACGUGUGUGUUUUUUGACACGAAAGAGACUCGGAAAUAUUGACAGGAAAUAAAAAAUAAAGGAGUGCUUGAAUUGUUGAAAACUGAUCAAUUGCUCGUCGGAAAUUGAUUCUCCCUCAUUAUUGUGUCUGAAUGUAGUGUGUGUGCAAGUAUUAAGUGGUGCGCAGUGAAGUGGAAGCAUCGUGACAAACUGUAAGAAUGCCACCGAAUAAUUGUCCUCGACGCUGAUGCGUCCAUCGAGUCAACAAUCGUCUCCUGUUCAGGAGAUAAGAAACGGCCUGAAUGAUGGCGGAGGAUCAUCGUCAACUGAGGGUCGGCCUGGCCGGCGAAACCCUUCUCAGUGCUUCGCUGCAGUCCCACAGAAGUUCUUAUGCCCAACGGAGCAUAAGCAGCAUCAAUAGAAUGUCGGAUGAGAUGCCCAGCGAAGAUCUUAUCGCUGGAGCGCGACAGGGCAACAAAAUCUCGAAUGUCAGACGAUUUUUUUGCCUUUUCGUCACAUUCGACCUUUUUUUCACAGCUCUCGUUUGGCUUAUUUGUACAAUGAUUGCUGGGGAGAGUAUCAAGAGUGCAUUCGAGAACCAGGUCGUGCAUUACAAACUCGAGACGUCGCUCUUCGACAUCGUUAUGGCAGCUGCGUGCAGAUUCACGGUACUCAUACUAUUUUACGCCAUGCUCCACCUCAAUCAUCGACUCAUCAUAGCUCUUACGACUGCCUCGACAUGUGCCUUCAUCAUAGCCAAAGUUUCGUUCUUCGACUGGUCGCAAAACAGCCAGCCUGCUUUCCAAGGAUUCUUAAUAAUAACGUCAUUCACUCUGGCCUGGGGCGAAGCCUGGUUCUUCGAUUUUCGGGUGAUACCGCAGGAAACGGCUGCCAGAGAUUGGAUAUCGGCCAAUUCGAUGGAUCCCGAAACUGCUCCGUUGAUCCGACAUCUCCUCGACGAUCCCAUGGGACGAGUAGAAAAUGCAGGCAAUUUUUUCACUCCCAUGGACUCACCGAACCAUUCGGAUGCCGAUGACGAACCGAACGAAAUCGGCAUCAGCGCUGGAAGCAUCGAAGAAUCGAGCAGCGAUUUACCCACAAUGCCUAGGCUCACACCCAGAAUGAGACAAGAGUACAAAUGUAAAGCGGAAGGUCUCAUAGAUCGUUGCUAUGUAUUACUCACUUCGAACGAGUGGACGGAAACAAAAACGACGAGUCGGGGCGACAGGAUCUCUUUCAUGACCUGGAACCAUGGAAAAAUUAUGAAAAUUGAGGGCGUGAUCGAUGCACCGGCUUCGGGCUUACUCGAUUGCUUAUACGAGAACGUCGAGGCGACACACACGUGGAACAAACAAGUUAUGGAAAGCGCUAGGACAGUGAUCGAUGAAGACACCGACAUAGUUUAUCAAUCAACCAAGUCCCACGGUGGUGGAAUAAUCGGUCCACGUGAUUUCAUAACCCUCAGACAUCGCGGUAGACAUGAAAAUUAUCAUAUAAUUAGCGGUAUUGGGAUUCAUUGCAAUGAGAUACCAGCGCGAAAAAAUUUCACCAGGGGUGAAAAUGGGCUGGUUUGUUGGGCGACGGAGAGCAUCGAAGGCGAUGAUAGUUGCCCUGGAAGAUGUCGUUUCACGUGGAUACUAAAUACAAAUUUGAAGGGAUGGAUACCACGAAAGGUAAUCGACACAUCGCUCACCGCAGUCCUCGUUGAGUUCAUGGGUUAUUUGAGACUUUACGUUCAGGAGCUGAACGGAGUCACGGCUUGAGUGACUAAGUUACAACGAAAAGAAACAAACGAAACGUGUAAAUAAAUAUAAGGUUUGUAUAUUUAUAUAUAUAUGAGAAGGAUUCCGCCGGAAAUUUUACCCUGAGAUCAGUUUCUCUCGCUCCCUCUCCAUCCGAGUACCAAUUUCUCGGCCUCUGGAUUUCUAUUUUUUUGUAAAAUAUAAAUAAUCCGAAGCUUAUCGUCUCGACAGCCAAUUGAGGGUUUCCAAAAUCGUAAGAAAAAAAUGUUGGAUUACUGACAACAGUUGCUCGCAAUAUUACGCUUUCCAGAUAUUCUGAGUAAGGAAAUUGAUCAAUUGCAAAUUCUUGAUUUUUUUUCAACUUUUUUUUUCGAGAAAAGCUAAAAAUUAUGUUUCUUUUGGAAAGCCUAAAUGAUAGUGGUGAUUUAAAAAUAUAAUUCUGGGGAUUUUGGUACGUGGAAAUUUCGACGUGGAGUCCUUCGUGUAUAUACAUUUAUAUCGAUAAGAAAAUAAUUAAAAAUGACAAUGCAGGCGACGAGGUAUUAUCGCUUGCGGAUAAUUGCGACGCCAUAUUGGGCCGUGAAAACUCGUGACGGUUAUCUUGCAAGACAAAAACCGAAGAACUCUCGAAGCCCAAUGAUUUUUACUAAUAUUAUUUAUAAUCAAUUUUUAUACGAACGAUAUUUAUCGAGAAAAAAACAUGAUUUUUUCGUGGCUACGAAUAAUCCGCGAUAAAAUAAUACGGUGCUUUAGAAACAAAAGCAUUUUUUAAUGACAAACUAACAAAAUACAGCGACGAGAAGUUAUGAAAAACCAUUUUCAACGCAGUCCUCAACGUUCCGGGGCCGAAAUAAAUCUUUCAAUUGUACAGUUCAAAUUACAUAUUAAUAUUAAUAGCUCUUGUGAUUACGAACGAAGGAUAUUUUUUUUUCUGGUUAAAGAGAUUCAUCUGGUAUCGAGCAAUUCAAAACUAAAACUGUUGUGUCUAGCACAGUUGACUCAGAUUUUCAGAGUGCUUGGCCUCCAAAGUUCAACCUCCUUCGAGACCAAUCCAUUUAUUUCGAACCUCGUUUCAAGACGCAUGUGGGACCGUGUUGAAUUCGAAAGUCUUUUUUUGUUCGUUUCUCUCGAACAGGAUAUACUGAGGGCUUGAAAUAUGGACAGAAGCUUUCGUGGAUGUCGAUAUCUGUAUUCGUAUUUUUUGUUCGAUUAUCAGAUGAACUGCUUUAACAAUUUUUUUUUUAUUAUAUAUAUAUUUUUUAUUUUGACAGAAGAAAGUGCAUGAUCGAAAUGCGAAUGGAUGACGUCGAGAUGUAAAUAUGGAAGAAUUGUGCUUUAGUUUUUUAAUUGCAAUUCAGUUUCGAUGUUUCGUUAGAAUUUGUUCGAAAUCAUCGUUUUGUUUUGUUCAAUUGUUCUCUGUGUAUAUUACGAUAUUUGCGUUUUUAAUGAACGGAGAGAAGAAAAAGUUCUCUAAAUUUCCAUUUCUCUGUGACAAUUUUAUUUCAUUUAUUCAACAAAUCAGAGAAAUUGGACACAAUUGUGCUUAGCAUUUCUAUCACCUUGUAUCUAAUAAAACGAAUAUUUGUACAAA